CUGUAAAAGUGGCCCUGAAGGAUCAGGGGUGAUGCUCCGGCCUCCGGUGCCGCUGUCACGCUCUGCGGCCGCAGCAGAAGUACUAGCCACAACGCUAGGGGAUGUCGGCCCUAGCGGCUAGCCGCCGUCUCCUCCAUCUCCGGCCGUGGCUAGAGCUAUGCCUGCGGUCCCGUCCCCUGACAUCCCGCUCCUCCUGGGCGAAGGGGAUGGCUCGUUUCCGGCGCGAGCCUCCGCGCCGGAACCUCGUGAGCUGCCGACAAGGUGCUUUCGAAGAGGGGAAUGCAGUGAUGGAUAAGGCUAUACGGAGUCCGGACGAACAACUCAGUCAUUGCAAGGAUGGGAAUGGCACAGCCCUGGAUCCCAUUGGAAAGAACUUUGCCAAUGAGUUUGCUCAGCUUUCAUUGGAAGAGGAGGCGAGUGAUGACUUGGUGUGCGGAAUUAGUGAAAGCGUGGUGCGAGAUGUGGGGAAGGCUGCAAUUGAAUUGCUUGCUGCCAGAGCAUUCACAGUUUCUGAGCUUAGGAAGAAACUAAAAAGUAAGAAGUAUCCAGUUGAUGCAGUUGAUACUGUGGUUGCUGAUUUCAAAUCAAGGGGUUUGUUGAAUGAUGGUUCUUAUGCUGAAUCAUUUUCGCGAUCCCGGUGGAUAUCAUCAACAUGGGGUCCAAGGAGAAUAAAACAGGCACUUCGCCAAAAGGGUGUGCCAGAGGCAGAAGUAGAUCAGGCAACAAGAAGAGUGUUCCAGGAUGGUCACGGCCAUGGUAAAGAGGCAAAAUACGGCAUAUCCGAAGCUUCCAUGGAUCAUCUGUUUGCUCAGGCAUCCAAACAGUGGCAGCGUGGGCAAAACUUGACCUUGGAGAAUCGCCGUGGGCGCAUUGUGAGGUGGCUUCAGUACCGAGGGUUCAACUGGGCUGUGACCAAUGCCAUUGUCAAGAAGCUGGAGGCUCAGCACCCGCCUUGACCCUUCUCCAUUGCAAGUUAGUAUGUUAUUUUUGUCUAAGGUUUAAUUGGGGAUGUAGUAACUGCUCUAUCUGAUUAGUUUAUGAUAAGCAUGCCCAGCCAACAAUCUGAAGAAUACAAGAUCAUUGCUUUAACACCUUAAUUCAGAUAUUUAGUUUGGGAAAUCGGAAUGUGAAAAUCUGACAAAAUGGAUAUCAAUGAACACUUAAAGUGAGAGUUCAGGUGGGUGCUCUACCCCUCCGUUGAACUGCCAGAAAAUGGUUCUCAUAUUUAUAUGGACACAGGGAGCAAGUUUUAUCCACGAAAAGGUGGGAAAAAAAAUGCAAAGUAUCACAGGGAGCAAGUGUUAUCCAUGACACAGGGAACACAAGCAAAAAAAAGUAGGACAUUGAUUAAUUUUCUUAUGCAAAGUACAUUGACAGCAUUAUCAGUCAGAACGCAGAAGAAAAAUAAAAGCUCCAGUGGCAUUAAGGAUUGCAUAACUAUUCAAUACGUAUUUGAUCAUUGUUCCACAGAUCAGGAGGAACAGAAGACAGAUUUUAAUGCUUCAUUACUGUUGCGACAGUCUGACGGAUCAUUUCAAGAAUCCAUUUUUCUCCUUCACCUCUUAUUAUGCAUCAGCGGUGCUGGUACCUCCGGAUGGGCUGGAGGUGUUUGGCGCGUCUGCGGGAGAAUCGGCUGGGCUGGAUGCUGAUGCCGACCCGCUUGGCGCCUCCAAGCUCGACGUGGAGGAGCUGGCACCCUCGGCGAAGGGUGCCAUGGCCACAGCGGCGAGGAGGAUCAAGACGAGCACGAGAGCACGGGCCAUGGCAGAGAGUCUUGGUGUAAAGGCUUCGGCGGUUGUGAACUGUGGCGCUUGUGUUUCGGUGCUGGUCACUGCGUUUUGUGUUCUUGGCAUGGCGAUUCUGGUUGCUUUAUACGUGAGACUGGUGCCUAUUUUUGGGUGGCGAGUUGGGGUCGCGUUGCGCUGGCAUGUCUCGGGCUUUUGCACCUGGCUCGUCGCGGUGCUUGCCGACCCGGCCGCUUUUAGAAUCAACCGGUGUAUCCUGACAUGUGGCGACCUUUUUCCUCCAUGCUUGUGGUUUGCUGUUCUUAUUCUGCCA